AUAGUUGUUGAUGGAGCUCAUGCAGAAUCCGCGCUGUUUAUUGUGACAAGUUCUGUGAAGAGGCAACACUGAAUGAUUUCUUCAGUUACAUUUGUACGAUUGUUGAGCUAUUUAGAAUAGAAGGGUUUGGUCUCCCAGCAUUCUUCAACCGGUUGAUCGAUAACUUGUCAAACCCUCCCAGCAGACCUUCAGUGUGUAGCCAACAUCAACUGGAGGGCUUCCGACAUCGUCUUAAUGGCUUCUGGGAUUGUGUAUUGAAUACCAUGGCACUGAGGUCCUCUUCGGCUAGAGCUGAAUUAUUUACAGGAAUUCAUAAGAUACGGCGCUUCGCCCCAGAGGAAGUGAGACGUGCUUUGAGAGGUGUAUUAUCGAGUACAUAUCCACCUCAGAUUACAUCUGAUUGGAGAGAUUCAAUUGCUGAAAGCGGACAUCCAGUCCUCAAAAAGGUUUUACGGUACAUUCCUGGUGAUUCAGACCAAAACAACAAAAAGGCUAUGAAGGGUGAAGAUCCGGAUAGGAAGUUUGGGCUUUAUGAACCUGAUGUUGGCAGCUUGUCUGUUUUUCCAAGACAAGUAAAUGAACAUGGAAAGUCUAAGGUGGAUCCAGGAUUGGAAUUGCAACCAGAGGAGAAAGAAAAUUUUCACAAACUUUCAGAGUUGGACCUUCUGACCCUCCAUUACCUCGAAGACAGUCUUCCAGAUCAGAUUUAUGGGAAUGGAUUAGUUAGCCUCUUCACUUCUGCUUGCUGCAUCUGCUUGGCCCAGUCACUUGUCCGCUGUUUGAAUCUUGAGAAAACUGCAUGCGCCAGGCAGCAUCAUCUGGCAUCUGAUUGUGCUUGCUUGAUACUGCCUGUACAGGCAGUUCUCAAGGCAUCAACCAGACAAGCCCUAGCUGAUGCUGGCUGCUGCAGCUGCAGCACUAGCUACAGUUGGAAGAGGUGCUGGAGGAUUACACCCGACGAGAAGUCCUUGGUCGUGGAACCUGGAGCAUCCGCCACCGUGUUUUUGGCUGGAACCUCCUCUGCCGCCGUGUCCGCUGCCGUAUUUUCGGACAACCUGGUCGUGGUCGUCCGAAAAAAUCAAUAG